AUGUGUCCCCUUGGCUCCGACCUCGACAGCGUGCCGGCGGGCACGUCGGGCCAGGACGACAACAUUCUUAAAGAUAGCCGCAAGCUCUGCGUUCGCCACAAGCAGACGGCCAACCAGAACGUCAACGCCAAGCUGCAGAAGUCUCUCGACAAGCUUCCUGUCUCGGAGCGCGAGGAGAUUACACAUCUCUGGUCGACCUUCUCCGCCGCUGCGCACCCCAAGAGAAAGAUUAUUCUCGAGGGCAUCCUCACCAUGUGCUGCUUCUCUCAGCUCUCCCACCUCUCCGACUCGCUCAACAAGAUAAUCCGCAUCGACCCCUUCUCCCUCGUGCCACGAGAAGUCUCUCUCCGCAUUCUCGGCUACCUCGACGCCAUCUCCCUCGGGCGUGCCGCGCAGGUGUCGCGUUCGUGGAAGGCGCUCGCCGACGAUGACCUGCUUUGGCGCCGUAUGUGUGGGCAGCACAUUGACCGCAAGUGCGACAAGUGCGGAUGGGGUCUUCCACUACUCGAGCGGAAACGUCUCAAGGUUGAGCUCAAGGACCGCAGCCCCGCCGCGGCGAUGGGUAUUGCUGGCCACGGGUCGCACGGGCACGAUGGCAUUCAGCAGCUCAUGACGCGCUCCGAGGCGCUGGGUGUAGCCCAUAGUCACGCUCACGCCGACACCCGGUCAGUUGUGUGCGAAUCGGCAAUUCCCUCCACCAGCUCGUUAAAGCGUCCCGCCGAAUCGAGCUCGGCCGAGGCGCCCAGGCGAGAGAAGCGCGCACGCACCGACGGCCACGGCAGUGACUCGGAGAACGAAAUCGCGCUUCCUGCCGGCCACCUCUCCAGAGAGGUGCGCCUCACACGCCCUUGGAAGUCGGUGUACUGUGAGCGUCUUGUCGUCGAGCGCAACUGGCGCAAAGGCAGGUGUCAGCUCAAGACGCUCAAGGGCCACACCGACGGCGUCAUGUGUCUCCAGUACCACACCACCCUCACCAACCCGCACUACCCCGUUCUCAUCACUGGCUCGUACGACCGCACGGUCCGCAUCUGGAACCUCGACACGGGCGAGGUCGUGCGCGUCCUCCGUGGUCACACGCGAGUUGUGCGUGCUCUUCAGUUCGACCAGAUGGUUCUGUUCACUGGUUCCGCGGACGGCACCGUGCGCAUGUGGAACUGGCGCAAGGGCGAGUGCAUGCGCGUGUUCGAGGGCCACUCGGAUGGCGUGCUGUCCCUCAAUUACAACGGCUACCUGCUCGCUUCUGGCAGUAACGACCACACGAUCAUUGUGCGCAACUUCCGUUCGAGCACCCAGUUCACCCUGCGAGGCCACGAGAACGUCGUUAGCAGUGUUUUGAUCUGGGACGGCAAGACGUCGCCCGGCGACCUGGACCCUACGACGACGACCACCAUGUUUACGCAGGCACUCAAGCCGCGGACCCGGACGUCACCCGAGCCGCAGCCGGAGAUUGACGUCGGCACCAUGCUCUUCUCAGCAUCCGACGACUGCACCGUCAAGCUCUGGGACCUCACGACGCACGAGUGCGUCCGCACAUUCUCGGGCCACCGGGGCCAGAUUCAGAGCCUGCGUGUCCUCAUGAUCGACCAGCCAAAAGAGGACGACGAUGAGCGCGAUGAGCGCGAGGGCCGCCAAGUCACCCCGCCCGCGUCGGGCUGGGCUCCCGCGACCAUCAGUUCACCCGCCGCUGUGUCGGCCAUCGACAACUCGCCGGGUGACUUUGACGCGGCGGCCCACGCGCGUGCACGCGACGAGAUUGUUCCACGUGUCUACGUCCACGAGGAGGACCAUGACCGCAAGCGCCGCGAGCGCACGAGCGAGCAAGAGGAGCGCCGCGCGGUGCUCGCGACUGGCUCGCUCGACGGCACUAUCAAGCUGUGGGACGUCGACACGGGUCGCGAGCGCAACACGCUCUUCGGCCACAUUGAGGGCGUUUGGUCCAUCGACAUGGAUGCUCUGCGCCUCGCAUCCGCUUCGCACGACCGCACCGUCAAGGUGUGGGACCACCAGUCGGGCAACUGCGUGCAGACGCUCACGGGCCACCGCGGGGCGGUCACGAGCCUGCAGCUGUCGGACGACAUGAUUGUGUCUGGCUCGGAGGAGGGCGAAGUCAUGGUGUGGAACUUUGGCCGCCAGUCGCCACCUUCAGCUCCGGCGUCAGCCGCCCCACUCAACGGCGCUUGCGACGCCUAG